AUGACUUCGCCACAAUCACCACUGUCGCCCGAUGACAUCCUUCCGGGUUCCGAAGUUAAGAUUCCAACCUAUAGAAUCGACCUCGGUCUUCCACCGGAGGAGCGGUACCUCGAAUUGGCGUCCGACUUUUCGACCAAGAUCAGGGCGGUUGUCCCGCUGUUCGACGAGGUCCUCGGAUGUCUGCCGAUCCCCCAAAAGUUGCAAAAAGUCGUGAAGUUGGCGUCUCGACUUUCUCUACGCAAAGUAUACGAAAAGGAGCAGACCAAGGAGAUCAAGUCCAUCGCUCGAGUGGCCGGUGUGGAUUUGUACCUCGCGAUAGCGCUCAACGUCUUCUUAGACCUCCUGCUCGGCUGCACCUCGGGCGCGAUUCUUGUUCGACCCAACGAUGCGAUAGGAGACAAUGAUGGUCCCAGUGUUUCUGAUCGACUGAUGCACUUUCGUACUCUGGAAUGGGGAAUGGAUUCACUUAGAAGUCUCCUGGUGUCACUCGAGUUCGUCAACAGUAAGACCAGCAACCCGGGAGAAGUGAUAGCGAGGAGUAUCACAUAUGCAGGCUUCGUGGGAGUACUCACUGGUGUUCGGCCAAACCUCUCGCUGUCCCUGAACCAUCGUCCCUAUCACGACUGCCGACGGACCGUUAUCUUGAAGCACCAGCUGCUUGUUGUUCUUGGCGUCAGAGAGUCCAUCUCUUCGGUCCUUCGCCAUGUUCUCUUCAGCGACGAAAAUGAAGAUGCACCACCCACCAAAGAAAAGGAAACUACCGAGCAGCUCAAGACGGUUUCGCGCAUCGCAGCAACAGCACGGCGCUUGGCAUCAAGGACGACUUCGCCUUGCUACGUCACACUAUGUGAUGGGAAAGACGUCGCCAUCGUUCUGAAAGAUGUCCCCAAUGGAAAGGUCAUGACGAGCUCCCAUUUCAUGAUCCAGACAAACCACGACGCAAUCCAUGGAUCAUGCUGCGAUGCCAAGGACGCCGCCCGUCUCUCAGAACCAAAGUGUGAAAUCUUUGCUAGAGAUGAGUGGCUUGUAGAAUCUGAGCAGCGACUGCAGGCUUUACAGUUCAAGUGGAAUGGGCAUGUCUAUGUUAGUUCUACAGAGAACUCUGCCGGGAGACGCCUGAUGUCUCAAAAUGGCACCUGUCUGGACUCAUCUGGACAAAAGUCUGGAGAAAAGUCUAUCGAUCAACUCCUUGUACCCGGCAUCACCGAAGAGAGGCUUCUGACAUGGAUUCGGGAAGGACCGACGACGAACGAGAUGACGCACUUCAGCUGCAUCAUGGACCCUCGCACGGGAGAAAUUCGAGGGCUGGUUCGAGGCCCGCCGGAUGGGCCUGGAACGACAUCCAGCAGUGAUAAUGAUAACUGA